CGCACUUUAUUCUUAUAUCUCUAUGUAUUUAGGGCCUGAGCAGAAUGGCUGACUUAUAACCUUAAAACACUGUUUUAUGCCCUAAGUCUUUGUCUUAGGUAACGCACAAUACUGUGUUAAUGUUUCCUGUCUUGUGUAGUAUACGCGACGUUUUAAGGAAUAAACGUAAAACGUAUAUUAAAAUGAUGUAUAGAAAUAAGCAAUUUUUAUUGCUUGUUUUACAAUGGAUGCUUUUGUAUAAAUUAUUAAAACGAAAAAAAAAACAAAUUAGAUGGUAUAAAAGAAGAUGGUACGUGCGACCAAUAAACCAACUGAGAUACAAAUACGGAGAUUAUGAGACACUUUACCAAGAAUUAAAAAAUGAUACAUAUUUAUUUUUUUGUUAUACGAGAAUGAAUUUAUGUUUAUUUAACAAAUUACUUCAAUUAACUGAACCUCAUUUAACAAAAAAUAGCUAUCGAGCAUUUCCUGCAGAACAGAGAUUGAUAAUAGUAUUAAGAUAUCUUGCCACUGGAGAUCUUCCUUUGUCUAUCGCUCUAUCAUUUCGAAUUGGUGAAUCAACAAUGCGUAUGUUAAUUAAAGAAGUAUGUCAGAUAUUAAUAAAUGUAUUACAACCACUGUAUCUAUCACAACCAAAUGAAGAAGAAUGGAAGUCGUAUGCUGAAGGAUUUUGGAAGAGGUGGAAUGUGCCAAAUUGCAUAGGGGCAGUAGACGGAAAACACAUUACCUUGCAAUGUCCCCCUAAUUCGGGAAGUCUUUUUUAUAAUUACAAAAAAUAUUAUAGUAUUGUUUUGAUGGCAGUGGCAAACCACGUAUAUAGAUUUACGUUAGUUGAUGUUGGUGCAUACGGUGGUAACAGCGAUGGCGGAAUUUUUAACGAUUCAUUAAUUGGGGAAAAUUUAAAAAAUGAAAACUUAAAUCUACCAAAGGAAACAUUCAAAUUACCUGGAAGUCAAAUCUGUACACCAACUUUUUUAUUGGCAGACGAUGCUUUUGCAUUAAAUACGAGAAUUAUGAAGCCAUAUACCGGAAGAAAUUUAAAUGAAGAACAAAAAAUAUGCAAUUAUAGAUUUUCUCGAGCUAGGCGAACAGUCGAAAGCGCCUUUGGAAUAUUUUCUAAUAGAUGGAGAAUAUUUCGACAAUCCAUUUGUAUGCUGCCAAAAACAGCCGAUUUGAUAACAACAGCAUCGCUCUGCUUACAUAAUUUUGUAAUGGUUGAAGAAGAACGCUGUAAACUAAAGUUAUACAGCACAACUGAAUUUCUUGAAAACGAUAGAAAUAAUCAGGAUAUGCAGUGGUUGUCUUUUUCGGAAAACCUAUGUUAUAAUGAACCCGUAUCUUCUGCUUCGAAACAAAGAGACACAUUGUGUAAAUAUUUCAUAUCACCUGAAGGAGAAGUACCGUGGCAAUACGAUUACGUGCGAAGAGGUACAUAUGGUGAAAAUAUUUAAUAAUAUAAAAAUAAUGGUUUCUAUACACAUACAUUUAA